GUUUUGGUAAAUCUUUUGAUGGCGCCGGUAAUGGUAGAUGUGGUUUGAUUUUUAUUGAUAAAAGUGAAUUUUGUGGUGAUAUUGUGCAAAAUAUAGUUUGUCAACGAGUUUAGUCUUAAUAUAUUGUGUUUUGUAUUUGAUAAUGAUUGUUGUGCAAUCGGUUUAGUUGUGUUACGCUUUCAAAAUUGUUCUAAAUAUUUUUGUGGUUUGAGUUCUGCAAAAGCAGUUGAUAAUUGAUUUAUUUACAGAGAGAUUCGUCUAUGUCAUCAAAUGCUGUAAGAAACACGCGGCCUGAGCGGGUCCCAAGAACCGAACCAGAAUCAUCCCGCUUAACACCAACUGUUCGUAAAAAAACAACCGCCACCCGAUCAGCGCGAAAUCAACCACCGAACGAACAAAUAUCACUGGUUCCAAAACAUCUACGAUGCCAUUACAACAACAACAACAAUAACAAUACCGUAAAACCCAAAUACGACCCAUAUGGGACUGAUGUCUACAAUUUCCAAGGCAACGAGCGUCAAAUUCAAACCAGAAAUUCUGCAAGGCCUGCAACGUCUACCAAGAGGACGGAACUGAAGAGAGCAGAAGCUGAUGUUCCGAGAAGAUUUAAUGAACGAAUUAAUACUGAUCGACUGGUUAGCUCGAAUCGAAUCAGAUCGAAGUCGGUUGUUGCACCAGUGACGCCCCAUUUGUCGAUCAGGCGAAGAGAAGUUGGCAGCUUGCUGGCUGGACAGAAACAAUGCUCGUAUAGAGGUCAGGGCGGCAGUGGCAGCAGCAAAAACAACAACCCCGGCUCUCUACCUCCUGCUGCGCCCCUCAAGAACGCCUCCUCCGUAUCCAGCCUGGAUUCGAAACAUCAAAAAUCAGGACUUUUAAAAUUUUCAGGCUCUAAAGACCGUGGCCUAGAUACCAGAACUUUGGGCAAGGAGAAAACAUCUAAGAAAAUUUUAGGUUCCAGAGAUAAAGGACUGGAUAAACUUGGUUCUAGAGAAAAAGGCUUGGAUAAAUUAGUUCCUUCCAACAGCAGAGACAGAGGGUUGGAAAGACCGCCGUCGAAUGUAGAGAGUUCAAGGGAUAAAAAUCUUCAUAGGCUGGGCCAGGGUGAUAAUGUGGAGAUUGGGGAUAGAAGACAAGAUCAGCUCGGAGCAGUAGCUAACAACCUUGAAGAUGCGUAUGUGAAUCGAGAUCAUUUUGCAAGAGGCGAUACCGUUGGUCGAGAUCGAGAUUUUGAAUUUCAUAAGGCACCAAUCGGACAGCAUAAGGAAUUAACUAGGGGAUUAUCAGCAGCGAGCGAUGAUCAAGAAUUAACUAGAGAUUUUCAGAGUUUGCCUUAUGAUUUUGCUACCUCCGUAAUGAUACAACAAAAACAAUCACAUACUGAGCAAGCAAACGCUAUGUUGCAGCAAGAAAUAGAAUCCCUCCACCGUCAGUUGGACACUGCUGCGCAGACCAGACUUAUCCUCGAAUCUCGUCUUGAUGAACAACGUUCCAUCCAUGGAUCAGAAAUCAAAGCCCUCGAACAUGCUUUAGAUACCUUGCGGGAGAAAAACUCUGGUUUGGAGCAACGUCUGGGUCAGUCCGAACUGCUAAUUGAAAACGAGAGAAGAGAACAUGCUAGCAGAUUACAGAUUCAGGAGAAACUCAGGGAGGCUGCCGAUAUGGAGCAGGAGUUAAUUAGAGUUAGAGAGCAGAUGGAGGAAGUAGAAAGAAAUCGAUUGAUAUUGGAACAACGUCUGGAUCAAUCCAAAAACGAGAGGAAAGAAAUGGCCAAGAGUCAACUGCAAGAAAAGCAGUUGGAUGCAGAGAAGGAGUUGGUAAAAAUGAAGGAGUAUCUGAAGGAAGUCGAAACGAGUAGAGCAUUGCAAACUGAAGAAUUAGAAAGGGAGAGAUUGAUAUUAGAACAGGAAAGGGAAACAUUGAAACAGGAGCGUGUUUUGUGGGAGCAAGAGAAGUUGGAAAAGCUUGCAGAUAGAAUGCAUGAUCGUGGAGACAAUGGAGAAAUGGUAGAGUUGCUUCAAGUUCCAGAUUCUGCUGGAGGUGGAAAUAGGAGGCUGCACAGUUCGGCACCGGCUUCGAUCGCGGUGUCAAAUAGCCAAGAUGAUAACACGCUCGCAACGGCUUGUCCAACACCGGAGUGGGAAAAAAACACAUCUUGCAAAAGUUUGGAUCACAUGUCUGUUGCUUGCCUCCAAGUUAAAAUACAUGAGAUGGAAGAAACUCACCAUAGCACAAACGAAGAACUUCAAGCUACUCUUCAAGAAUUGUCGGACUUACAAUCUCAACUCUCAGAAAUGCAAUCUCACAAUGAAAGGCUCAAGGAAGAGAAAAACUCUUUAUAUCAAUCCUUGCUGCAACAAAACGAAGAAAAGCAGAAUUCUGCAACAUUCAAAGAUGAAGUUUAUGAUGCCGAAAUGAAGGAACUCAAAGAAUCGUUUGCUCAAAUUAACGCGGAUAAUUUGAGGAUGAAAGAAAGAUUACUAGUUUUAGAAGGAACUUUAGAUGGAGCGAUGGCGGAUAAGAAAGAUUUAGAAGAAAUGUUGCUACGAUCCAGAGAUGAAAGCUCGGAGAAGGAUAUUGAAAUCAAUAGACUCAGUAUGCUUUUGGAAAACGCAAAAACUAAGAUUGUGGAGUUGGAAAAUGAUAGAGAUCGCGAUGAUAAUAAAACUGAUCUUGGAGAACUAUUGGCAGCAACUCGUAAAGAAAAAGAUGAUCUAAGAUCUAUGCUUGCAGAUUUACAGGAACAACUGUCUAAAUCGCAUUGUGAAGUGGCAAGAUUGAAAGAUCAAGUCUUGACUCUUCAAGAAGAUUGUAUGGUGAUUAGAAAUAAUGCAAAAUGCGCACUGUCGGAUUUACAAUAUAAAUACGAACAGUUAGUGCAGGAAAAACGAAACGUCACUGCCGAGUUACAAAUGCAACAGGAGGCUUUCACUGGCUUUCAGGAACAGAAUGCUCAACUAGCGCAGGAAUGCCGAUUGUUACAAUCUGGUGUUGAACAGGCUCGCUUGGAAUUAAGAGAUGCUCAACAACAGCUUCAACAGGAACAGAGAUCGAGACAGGAAGAGCAUGCAGAAUGGGAGCAAUUCCAAACUGAUUUGCUCAUGACUGUUCGAGUAGCAAAUAAUUUCAAAGUAGAAGCACAAGAGCAGAUUGAGCAGUUGAAAGUUGAAAAUGAAGGCUUAAAAAACUAUGUUAUGGAUUUAGAAUGCAAAGUCAAUCAGAUGAAAGAUGCCCCCAGCGCUAUUUCUAACAGCGAGGACGCUCAGAGGUCGCCCACGGCGCUCGCCUUGAACGAAAUGGAAACAAAAGACACACUCAUCAGACUGCACGGUGAGGAAGACUUAAAACAGAUAACGAAUUAUUUUAACGGCGAGUUCGAUUACACUCGUUUUAACAAUAACAAUAACAAUAACAUUAGUAACAGUAGUAGAAAACAUUCUUUAGACUGCAUGGCAUCACUAACCAACCAUCAACUGCAAUCGAAUUCGGAUGACACAGCAUCGGUAAGCAGUGUCUGCACCGCACGAGACAAAAAUAAAUCGAACUUUUUGGCCACUUUUAAAGCCUCGAGCGAACGAAAUUUGUCCGGGUGCGAUAAGAUUAAUGUUAUUUAUUUUAGUCAGCAACUUAACACGUUGCCCGAAUGCGUAUUUGAGAAUAAUAAGUCGAGUUUGGCAAAUUCUGGUGCUGUUGGCAAACCUCCGAAGCCGUUACCGCGUAAACUUUUGAAGAACCAGGAAUGCAUCGCGAAGAAUCCAAAAAUCAGUUCUGAUGAAAAUCUUGGUUCGGACACAGAGUUCGCCGAUGUUAAAAAUGAGAGCAUAAUUUUUGAAGAUGCUGAUAAAAAGUCUAGUAACGACAUUGAACAAGGCUUUUUGUUGACCAGUUUUGAUAAAGCCAGUAUUAUAACGAAUGACAGUGAUUCAGAUUCGUUUGAACCUAUUUCAGAAGUGGGAUUACGAAUAAAUACUUCAUAUUCUAGCAGAAGAUACAAAAAUAUUCGUGGUGAUGACUUUGAUGAUAAAAAAUCAUCAUCAGAGGAUAGUUCUGUUGAAGCAAAAAUAUCUACCUGUGAAAUUACACUAGAGAACACAUCAACAGACAAGUGUGAUUCCCAACAAACCAUUGAGAAAACUCUACAUUUCGGCAACGACUCUAACGAUAAAAACAAAGAUUUUGUAAACGAACCAUUACCAAAAAGUGGUGCAUCUAAACCAUUUGAUGAAAUCAAAUCGAGAUCUUCGGUUUUCGACAUUGAUGAAAAAAUGUCACCAGCUAGUAUUAAGAGGGUUUUGAAAAAUGCCUUUCUGACUUCGGAAAAAAAGUUCGAAAAGAACGCAACCAAUUCUGAAAUGACAAAAAAUAGCUCGAAAUACGAUGAUAUUACUAAAUCCAAUCUCGGAAAUACAGCUGACGUCAUUCAAAAGCCACCAUAUGCCAGACAGGAUUCUCGUGUAUCUGUCAAAUGUUUAAUCGAAGACAUAGAAAAGCAAGCUGCACAAAAAUUACCAACGAAACAUUUGUCAAGUGUUGACAAAACUAGUUCAGCCAACAGUUCGACUGGCAGCUUAAACAGUUUAUCAAAUGUGCAGCAGUCGACAAAUGACAUCAUCAGUACUCUUAGUCCUACUAAUAAUCGAGAUGCCAAUUGGGCUGAUACCAUGUUUGAACAAAAUACACAGAGUGGACAUGGAUAUGUCAAAAAUCCAUUACGAGAACAAUCUCAGCAAAACAAAUACCAAUAUUUGUCUAAAACCACACCUGUUACUCCUAAAACAUCAAUGAAACUGUACAACACACAUCCUGAUGUGGUAGCGGGAGGUCCCACAUAUGCUUAUUUGAAAAGCAAUUACAAAUCAACUCAUGGCAAAACUGCAGAUGAACAAAAAAUUUCAGACUACACCAGGAGAAGCAGCCAUGGAGAUCAAGUAGCCGAACACCGCGAUCCUCUGAACGCCCUCUACGCGAACGGGGGCUCCAAAAGGAACGCCCUCUUGAAGUGGUGCCAGGAACGCACUGCUGGAUACCGGAACAUUGAUAUAACCAACUUCUCUUCGUCGUGGAACGACGGCAUGGCCCUCUGCGCCCUGCUUCAUACUUACAUACCAGACCGGAUACCCUACGGAACGCUGGUGCCGAACGAGAAGCGACGCAACUUCAGCUUGGCCUUCGCGGCGGCCGAGAGCGUCGGCAUCCCGACCAGCCUGAAUAUUAACGACAUGAUACAAUUGGAACGACCGGAUUGGCAUCAAGUAAUGGCGUAUGUGAUCGCGAUCUACAAACAUUUCGAAGUUUAACAUAUAUUAUUGAUUGUAUUACUAGAUUUUUAGUUGUUAAUGAUUACUAUGUGAUGAAGUCGACGAUAAAGAAAAUAAUAAUUAUUUUUUGUAUAUAUGCAUAUAAUAUCGAGAAUCGUUUAUUAUCAAAUAAUAGUUUGACUAAGUUAAAAGUUGUGAUUUGGGCGAUCAAAUUCUUAUUUUAAAUGAACAGGGUGUUAACAAAUAUCAAUCAAUAUCGUGUACUUAAACCUCAAUUUUGAAUCAAAUCUUAAUAUGUUUUAUGAAAGAGGUUCAUAUCAAGAACAGUCAUAGAUUUAUAAUUUUAAUCAAUUAUUUUUGUAAUUUACUAUGAAAUACAUUUUGGACUAUUAUUAUAUGGCUGUUCCAGAAUUUUUCUACUUCAUCAUCAAUCGUAUCAAUUUCGAAUACCUGUUUAUUUAAAAACCAUUUGUCAAACAAA